GAACUGCUGGCAAUAGCUGGUGGAAGAGCUUAAACUAUGAAUGGGAGCCUCUCUUGGUUUGCUUGCGUGUAUGUGCGCGUUCGCACGUGUAUUUUAAGGCGCUGGAGGGUCUUAGAGGUUGCUGUGCAGGAUCUUUAAGCGGACAAAUAACCUUACAAGUGCGAAGGAAGUUUAAUAAUGGCAAAUGAUAACACCCCAGUCCGAGCAGGAGCUGGAAAUGUUCCUUUGGGCCAUGUGAUUGGCAAUGAGAAAUGGAAGGGUUCCCAGAUUGCUCAGGAGAUGCAAGGUAAAGUUAAGCUUAUUCUGGAAGAUCGUCUGGGACUCGUGGACUUUCAUCUUUCAAACAGAUGCUGCAUCCUCUACAUAUCUGAAGCCGAUCUGGUGGCAGGAAAUGGCUUCAAAAGAAGACUGGUUCGUUUUAGAAAUGCUUGCACUCUUCAAGGGAUUGUAUUAGUUGAAAAAACCCAAAUAAGUAACCAGUAUUUUCCAGAAGUGCAGAAAUUUGUCGUUCUGGAACUCGGAAUGACAUUACUUCCGGUGGCCAGCCAAAAAGAAGCCGCUCAACUUAUUGCUCAAUUGGUGCACGAACAAACUAAAACCAGUCAUCCUUUCCAAAGUAAGAAAUGUACCAAGUUAUUGGAACCAUCUGUACUCCAUACAGUUCAGCAGAUUCCAGGAGUUGGAAAAACAAAAGCACUUCUUCUUCUGGAAAACUUUGGAAAUAUCCAUCAGCUUUGCAAUGCCUCUCUCCAGGAGCUCGAAGGAGUAGUUGGCCGCAGCCUAGCUCAACAAAUCCAUGCAUUCUUCAACCAAACAAAAUAAUCUGGGUUUUUCAACAUCGGCGAUAAGGUUUUUGAAAGGCUGCAAGUUUCUUUACACACAUGGUCAGAUUUCGGUUUGUAUGAAACACAAAAGAGCCUUGAUUUCCAUCUGAGGAGCAAAUAAAUCAGGAAAUUAUUUUUUAAGCUCCGAGUUUGCUCCAUCUGGGCUUUGUAGGGUAUGCUUUUGGCUUUCAUACAGCUGGACACGAUGUCACCUUUUAUGAAUAGCAUUGAACGCUUUUUCCUGGAGAAUUAACUGGAGCACCAACAUCCUCUUUGUCUUCCUUUAAAAUGGUUUUUGUUCAUUUAUUACUAGUUUCUUAAGUACAUUCUUCUUCAUGUCAAAUCUCAGCUGCUUCUUAAAGGAACUGCCAAAUAAGCCAGAUUUCAUCUGUGUUUGUUAAGACUUGAAAAAUAGGGGAGGCUCUGAGUUACUUUCUAAGCCGAAAAAGAGCAGGUUGUCCAAUGUAAAUGAAUUUUACAUUUGUUCUGUGGACGGUCCCUGUUGCCCUAUUGUUUUGGAUGUAGAAGAAAAGCCUAAUCCGUCUACCUGUCUUUUUGCCUACCUUUCAUAACUUGUUGAUGAGAAGUUAUGAAUUCUGAGCAUCAGAACUGCCUUGAAUGGAUCGUUUACUGACCGUUGGGAACCGUUAUUUAAUGUGUUUGAUUUUUUGUAUCCAUUAAAAUCAGGGAUCAGAUCCCCUGUUCUGAUUUGUAUGAAUAAUGCAGAGAUAAUAGAGGAGUUCCUGGAUGGAUCAUCAAUUAAGAAAUUUGUUUUCACUUGACCUUCAACAGUCUGGCCGAAGGAAGUCACUUUGGGCAAACAGCACUAAAAAAAAAACCAAAAAAAAAAAACCAGGAAUAAACCUUGUUUCUUUCCGGCUCUA